UCGAUGUAUUGAUUUACAAAAACAAUAACAAAAAAAAAAGGUUAGAGAAUUAAAAAGAAAAAAUGUUACGAAGAGCAGCGAGCAAUGCGUAUUCAUGGUGGUGGGCAAGCCAUGUCCGAACCAAACAAUCUAAAUGGCUCGACGAAAACCUUCAAGAUAUUGAGGAGAAGGUGCAAUACGCACUUAAGCUAUUGGAAGACGAAGGUGACUCCUUUGCAAAGCGUGCUGAAAUGUAUUACAAGAGAAGACCCGAACUAAUCAGUUUCGUGGAAGAAUCGUUCAAAGCCUACCGCGCUUUAGCGGAACGGUACGACCACAUCUCCAAGGAGCUUCAAAACGCAAACACAACCAUCGCAUCUGUUUUCCCCGACCAAGUCCCCGAGUUUUCCAUGAACGAAGACGAUGACUCGUGUGAUCCUUCCUCGCCAAGAAACCGUAAACCAGGUAAGAACGUUCCAAAGGUUCCUGAUCACUUUCCUAUUAAAGACCCCGAGGCCGCUGCAAAGAUGUUCAGGUCGAGGAAAGCUAACAACAGAGGAAGCGAUGCGUUGUCCGAAGUUGAAGUUGCUGUUGUUAACAAGUCCGGUCUGAGCAAAACCGAGGCGGUUGAGGAGAUCGACAAGCUGCAGAAAGAGAUUCUUGUUUUGCAGACGGAGAAGGAGUUCGUGAAGAGCUCUUACGAGAACGCGCUCGCCAAGUAUUGGGAGAUCGAGAAUCGUAUCGUGGAGAUACAAGGGAGGGUUUGCGGUUUGCAAGACGAGUUCGAUGAAGGCGCUGGCGUGAUUGAAGACAGAGAAGCUCAGGUUCUGAUGUCGAACGCAGCUCUCAAAUCAUGCCAAGAGAAGUUGGAUGAGAUGAGGGAGAAACACGAGGAGAAUGUGAAAGAAACUGAGAUGGCAAGAAAAGAGAUAAGUAAAUCAAAAGAGGAAAUUAAUAAUAAACAUUCUGAAGCAGUUCUUGAUGAUGGAACAAGAACUCAAAGAAGUGGAGAAAUGGAAAAGGAGGAAGAGAUGGAAAAAAAAGUAAGUGGAGAUAAUCAACAUGAGGUGGUGGUGGAUGAUAGGUCAUGUCUUACCAUAACAGAUGUUGCUGAUAAUAUAGAUGAGCUUGUGAAUGAUGUGAUGAAUUUGGAAAGCUUGUUCUCAUCUCAAGCAGCUUUGAUACAGAGGCUAAGAGAAGAGAUUGAUGAUCUCAAGGCACAGAUUAAAGCCCUUAAAGAGAAUAAUAACAACUCAUCUCAAACUGAUGAAGAUGCUGCUGACAUGAAGAAGAGGUUGAGAGAGAUGGAGGAGAAGCUGAAUGGUAUUAAUGGUAUACACAAGGCGGUCUCAGAACAGAGUCAGAACAUUGAGAUACACCUUACGAGAGCACAUAUAAAACUAACUUUCUUGUCUAACAAGUUAAAGGGCUUAAACCAAGAAGGAGAAGAAGAAGAAUCAAAGGAUACUAAUGCAACAUCCUUGAGUGAUGCAAAGGUUUUAGAGGAAAAGAUUGAUGAUCAAGUUGUGUCUGAAGAUGUUAAACCAGCAUCUGAAGUGGUUAUUGCUGAAAAAGAAACUACUGUGCCAAUCCAAAAUGUAACAUCUUUGAGUGAUACAAAGGUUCCAGAGGAAGAACUUGUUGUGUCUGAAGAUGUUAAAUCAGCAUCUGAAGUGGUUACAGAAAAUGAAGUUUUAUUAUUAUCACCAAAGUCAAGCAUUGAAGCUGAAGAUGAAGCGCUCUUGCAGAAGGUUCUUGCGCAUGGGAUUGAAGGCAGAGAGAAACAUCUCUUAACCGAAUACACAAAGGUAAUUAGGAGCUACAAGGAAGUAAAGAAGAUGUUGGACGAAACAGAAACAAGACUCAAGAGUGAAAACACAAUGAAAGAUGAGCAGCUCAGAGCCUUAAACCAAAAACUCAACCUCCUGCUUCAAAGUAAAAGCGAUGGUGGUGGUGAUGUUGAUAAGCAGAAGUCUAUAGCCAACAAGGAUCAACAACAAAAACAGAAAGAGCAGUUGUUCAUGCUUAUCUAUAGAGAAGACAAUGCGAUCAACGCGAUAACUGGUCAGAACCAGACGUUGUCACCGAAAGAACAGCUGUUCGGAGCGAGAGUCGAUGCAUUGUUAAGCGAGAACUUGAACUUGCUGGUGAGGUUUAGUAACUCGUUUGGACAGAUACAACAGUUCGAUACAGGGAUCAAGGACCUACACGCUGAGUUAUUAAAGAUCGUGGACCAAAAGAAUCAAGACAAGCCUUCUCUAAGAUCAAACGUUCGUCCCAUCUACAAACACCUCAACGAGAUACGCACCGAGCUAACCAUCUGGCUAGAGAAAAGCUUGCUGCUCAAGGAAGAGAUCAACUCGAGAGCUUCGACGUUGAACAACAUACAGAACGAUUUAACGGAAGCUCUCAAGACAGAUUCUGAAGAUCCGGAAACUAAGUUUACGAUCUACCAAGGAGCUAAGUUCGAAGGCGAGGUUUCGAACAUGCAGAAGGAGAACAACAGGAUCGCGGAAGAGCUUCAGACGGGUUUGGACCAAGUUGUGAAACUGCAGCAAGAAGCUGAUAAGACGCUUGGGAAACUGAGCGAGGAGUUUUCGCUUUCCGAGUCAAAGAACCGGUCCAGUACACGGUCUACUACGCAAGAUGGCAAAACUAGUAUUCCUCUGAGGUCGUUUAUCUUCGAUGUUAAACCAAAGAAGCAAAGACUAUCUCUCUUCUCUUGUAUCCAACCUUCGAUGUCUAAGAAGAUGAGGCCUGAUUCAUAGGUAACUUGAACAAUCCUUUUCAUGUA